CAAUGAUCCCGCCCGGUGCUGACACGACUCCUCUCGAUCCCCACCACGGUCGCGUAGCUAUUGCCACAGACCAGUCCAGGAGCUAGGAUCGCUUGCUCGAACCUCAUCCCAAUGCUGAUAGCACCCCGUCACGCAUGGCUUCCAGGGCACAAGAUCCCGCUGCCACUCCUCUGCCGCAGCCAAAGGCCAUCCGUUUCGUCUCCAACAAUGACGGUCCCUAUGCGAAGAGGAGGAGAAUCAACGCGGCGUGCUUAACCUGCAGGCGUCGGAAGACGCGCUGUUCGGGCGAACGGCCAGCAUGCGAGACCUGCUUGAAGAACAACCACGCUUGCGGCGGUUAUGGUGGAGAUCCUGAGCCAUCGUCCAGGUAUGCUGCGUCAGUCGAGGUCAAGAAUGAAAGGCGAGCCAGCCACUCGAGCUUUGAAACGCAGUAUGACGAGAAAAGUACACUACCCACCGCGCGGAGAUGGUCAUUGCAACAACAGCCACAGCAUUCUGCCAGCUCAAACCCUUCUCUCAGUCAUUUGUUGACGGCGGAUUCAAUUCUGCCUGAUUCCCAACAAACGGACAGUCAAUGGGAGGACAGUCAGGCAUUAAACAAUCGGGUACCAUUAAGCUUGAGCGUCCGAAAUCGUAUGCCCUACUUCCGUUAUUUUGGCCCAACCGCCAUCAUGCCGGGGUUCAAACAAAUGGUUGUCAAGGUAAAGGGCAAGCAACACAGUGGACCUGGAACAUCUACAGACGGCCUCCAAUCGCCUCCUUCUGCCGUGUCCUCGCUCGGCCGGAUCACGCCGCAACAAAACAUACCUGCGCCGGUAGAGAUGCCCUUGUAUGAUAACUCGUCUGUUGACCCUCCUCCUUUAAUCACUCAUCUCUGUAAAAUAUUCUUUAGCCAUCUUGGCUGUAGUUUCCCCUUCCUCCAGAAAGAACGUUUUCUGCGCGAUCUGGAAGAGAAACAGGUCGAUGCUAUCCUUGUUGAUUCGGUCUGCGCCCUGGCUGCUCGAUUCUCUACCGAUCCUAUGCUCGUAAAAGCCCAUAGGAGCGCUGGUGAUCAAGCGGAAACUUCGCCUUCAGAGUAUGGCCAGGCAUUCGCUCAAAGGGCGAAGGCUGCCAUCGUGGAUACAUUCUCCUGUCCCAGCGUCGCCGCGGUCCAGGCUGCGUUACUCUUGGCAUACGAUGAGUUUGGUGCCAACCGCGACUCCGGUUUAUGGAUGUAUUUGGGAAUCGCCAUCCGCAUGGCACAAGACCUCGGCAUGCAAACACUACAAGGCCUGAAAUACGAAGGUCGAGAUGGGCCGACGCCGGAAAGCGUCAAAUCUGGCACACCCAAAACACGGGACGGUAUCCCAUCCUCGACUGAGAAUGUGGUUGAAGGUCCGAUGGAUCAGUUAGCCACUGAAAACCAGAAAGCAGUGGAACUGGAACGUGUCGACACAUUUUGGGCCAUCUUCUUUGCUGAUCGUGUGGUUUCCUCCGGUACUGGACGGCCUGUGUCACUUCGAGAUAGGGACAUUGAGAUAUCAUUCCCAUCUCUGGAUGCCGUGGAUCCCGUUACCGGUUGCCCCAUACCGUUUCCUGCACUGAUACGGGUGAUCCAUCUGUACGGCCGAGUAACAGACAUCUUGAAUAGUAUUAAGCAAGUGUCGGACGUUACUCCAGAAAUCAUCAAACGGUUGGCUUGUAUGGAGAAUCAACUGACCGACAUUUACCAAAACUUGUCGCCGCGUCUACAUUUCAACGUCGUCAAUUUUCAGCAGUAUUUGAAAAAUGGCCAAGGGACAAACUUCAUAUUACUGCAUUUCUGGUUUCACACUCUCAUCGUUUUGUUGCAUCAACCAACUUUGCUGAAGACUUUCGAAGGGGGCAUUCAGCAAUUGUUACCUAACAGUCAUGAGCUUUCCAUGUCUUCGGCAAAGACAAUUGCCGACAUCCUUGCUUUUGCCGAGCUAGCGGAUGCAAAAGCUGCCUUGGUACCAUUUACAAGUCAACCUAUGUAUAUUGCAGCUUGUGCUUUCUUGAAAGAGACGGCCAUGCAAUCCGCAUCUUCUCAUCCUCAUUCUCGACAGCCAACACCACCUCGGAAUUAUCGCCCACCAGCCGCUUCUGGGCUUGAGCAGGCCAACCUAGCGACGGGCAAAGAUCACAAAGCAGACUUGGCCCUGGGGGAUAAACAAAUUUCAAAGCAUACGUUACUUGCCACUGCCGCCAACCAAAACUACCAACGCUGCUACAGAGCUCUUCAGGCGCUAGAGACAUACUGGGCAGGCACCAAGUACAUCCUGACUGUUCUAGACCAAAAAGCCAAGGGCGUCGGUGACCCUCUGCUAUACACGAGAGAAGAAAUGGAAUGUGCCUUGGAGCUACCCCGUCCAGACCCUUCAUUCCGCACGCCAGGUUGGCGGCGAAAACUAGCUUUGGGAACAUACAUCGGACCUACCAGCGAGGAAAGAGAAGAUUACGGGCCCACCACCGCACCCAACCAGACCGGCGGCCCAUCCUUUAGCAUCCCAGGCUCUCCCAUCGGCGACCCAAGCCAAGCUAUCGGCUGGUCCCUCACCGGCACCAUGAACUCGCCGAGCACGAGCCUCGCAGUGUUGUACCAAACGGAGCCGCCGCGCCGCCCACCUCCCCCCGAGGGACCCGCCAAUGCCGCCUCGAUCUCGAGCACGAUGGCGCUGCAAGGCAACCAUCUCGCGCGUGGUGCUGCGCUGCCCCUUUUCCUGGGGACACACCACCACCCUCACCAUCCCCCUCCGCAUGGUACCGCAAUGCCACCCCCACCGCCGUCCAACACAGCGGCCGCGACGGCGACCCCGACGAACUACCUUGCGGACCCAUCCCUCGUCUCAGACGCAGACCUCCUGCUGAACCUGCACUCGCCGUUCUCGACCAGCACGUCGCCUAGCGGCGGCGGCGGCGGCGGCGGCGGCGGUGGUGGUGGUGGUGGCGCGUACCAGAGCGGGCAGCUGCCGAACGCGGCCGCUCUCGGCGGCAGCAGCAGCAGCAGUGCGCUGCACCACGCGCCUACGCCGGAGGAAGCGCCUCUGGAUACGGGUGGUGUGGGAGUGGGAGGUGCGGAAGGUAUGGGAAGUGGGCUCGCGGCUUCCUCCAGCUCGAUCCCGUUCGGCGAUGUCAUGGUCGAGUCGCAGGAUAUUGACAUGAGUGCGCUGGGGGACGAGAUUGGGCCGUGGUUGGAGUACUUGCCGUUUGAUAUGCUGGGGUGGGUGGAGGUGCCUGCUGUGGGGGAGGCGGGAGGAGGUGGUGGGGACGGGGGAAGGGGUGUCGGUGAGCGGUGAGGGAGUAGGGUUUGGGCAUAGUUGUAAGGUGUGGCAAGUUUGUGGGCUGGGCUGUGCCUGGUCCUGAAAUGCUUCGUACGUAGUAAAUGAUGCCCAUUUUGUGAGUGGCUUGGAGAGUAACGUCUGUCACCGCGAACCGAGAUCCACUGUCUAGCGAGACAGGGCAUGAUAUAAUCAGUCCUUAUAGAGUACUCCUUGCCUUGCUCCC